AUGCCGAGGGUUCCGAGGUCCAAUGCGGUGAAGACGACCAAGGCUAAUGGUCUCGACAAUGACAAUGUCAACAACACUCCCCCGCCGUCUCCGCUGAAGGAUGGUCUAUCGCAGCAACCGUCUGACAAACCGCUGCCAGGAAUGUCAACGGAUCUGCCGUUGAAGAUGCCGGGAGUUUCUGCUGAAGAAGACAAGUCAAUGGAGAAAAGGAAAGGAGUUGAAGAGGUUAACGCGAAUGAUGCGGCCAACACCUACGGGGUUACCAACCGGGUCAACACGGGAGAUGCUGACGACUCAGAUGGAGAAACGGCAGCAGAGGAACUAGAUCCUGAAAAAGAGGGGGAUGGCUACCUCAGUGAUGACUCGGAUGAGAUGUUUGACCCGGUUGUCGCUGCUGAUAUUGCCUCUCAGACGAAAAUCUCGCUAACGCUGCUGGUGACUGUUAACAGGAUCGCGGAAGUCCCGCGUACUAAGGCCACUAUUGUCGCGCUGCUGGACGACUGCAAAGAGCACUUGUCACCUGAUGUUUUGCAGACUACAACUUAUCAGAAGCUGCUGCCGACGUUUUUCUCCCGUCAGAAGUUUGGAAGGCUGCAGGUUACUUUUAACAAUGCUCGAGAUGCGGAGUUUGUGCGGGACCAAGUCAUUGAUCAUGAAUGCGUGGACGACAAGUUUGUGAAGUUUACCUGGCAGUUCCCUGAGAACGCUAGCUUUCUCAAGGAACGCUCGGCUAACCCGACGGCGAUUGAAGUGGUGCUUAAGGCGGUACCUGCUGAGAUCUCACCGGAGAUGUUUCGCCAUCUGUUGAAGCGCAUCCUCAAAGAUCCGGCCUUGGUGCUGGUCUCGACGGGAGGGCUGAGAGAGGAGUGGAUCUGCGUCCAGGCGGCAUGCGAGAAGGCACAGGGUACCCGUUUUGAACAGGCAUCAGCGCACAUCGCCUCAGCACGACACAGGGGGGGGUUGCGCAAGCCAGGUUCUGCAACACGUGAGGCAAAAGGCUCUCAGAAGCUGAGCGAUUUCAAGAAGGAUUUUGGGAAGAAGCUGGAGAAGUAA